GCGGGUGAUUGGGGGCGGGACUUGGCGAACUCCCGGAGGCCGGUAAUUAAAGGAAAGCCUGAAAAGCGGCAGUGCCAGUUCCAGCCCUCUAGGUGAAAAGUCCCGAGGUGUGCUAGCUUGGCCCCACAGCUUGUGGUGUUUCUCCAGGGACUCAGUCAUUUAAAGAUUGGGACCAAGACUUGAAGAAUGGCUGAACUCAAGCAGCUCAUGGACAAUGAGGUGUUUAUGGCCUUCUCCUCCUAUGCAACGAUCGUUCUUAUGAAGAUGAUGUUCAUGAGCACGGCAACUGCAUUUCAGAGGUUGACCAACAAGAUUUUUGCCAACCCAGAAGACUGUGCUAGCUUUGGCAAGGGAGAGAAUGCCAAGAAGUACCUUCGGACUGACGAAAAGGUGGAACGGGUGCGAAGGGCCCACCUGAACGAUAUUGAAAACAUCGUUCCCUUUCUUGGUAUUGGCCUCCUGUACUCCCUGAGUGGUCCAGAUCUCUCGACAGCCCUCCUGCACUUCAGGAUCUUCGUUGGUGCUCAGAUCUACCACACGAUUGCCUACUUGACUCCCCUUCCUCAGCCCAACAGGGCCUUGGCAUUUUUCGGUGGCUUUGGAGUCACUCUGUCAAUGGCUUACAGGUUGCUCAAGAGUAGGCUGUACCUGUAAAGAGAAUUACCAUCCUCAUCAUCUGAUUGCUUUUUUGAAGAAAGAAUUCUAUUUCCAAUAUAUUCCAACAAUUUCUAAGGUUUUAUGUAGGACAGGAGCAGAGAAAUUAGGAGUCCGAGAAAACUCAGUUUAAAGACUAGCAUCAAUUGCCUCUCUUCUUGUUUGGUCAUAGAGAUAGACAUUUAAUAUAAUCAACCCUAGCCAUAUUCUCUAGCUAUAGUACUUUGUGUUAAGUCUCGAUUGUGUGAUAAUUUGUAAUACUUACCUACAUUUCGUCUCAUACAUCUAUAAAAGAUUAUGGGAAACCUGGCUUUCAUACUUGCUGAACUAGGCACAUGAAUUAAAAACAUUAAAAAUGAA